AUGUUCUUGAUACUUCUAGGCCAGAAGCUGCACCUAGCACCCAUAAAAGACCCUAAGCGGAUCAUUGACCUUGGAUGCGGUACGGGCAUCUGGUGUAUGGACAUGGCAGACGAGCAUCCUGGGGCAGAGUUGAUUGGCGUCGACCUAUCUCCCAUCCAACCUAGCUUUUCACCUCCCAACUGCAAGUUCGAGCUAGACGACGUGACUUCACCGUGGACCUAUCCGACUUCGCACUUUGACUUUGUCAACAUUCGAGGCCUGUAUGGUAGCAUAGCGGACUGGCCUGCGUUGUAUGCUCAAGUGUACCGACACAUGCAGCCGGGCGGCUAUCUUCAUCAGCUCGAGAUGAGCAUUCAGUUCAAGUCGGACGACGGUACUCUUGCGCCCGACCAUGUGCUUUCGCAAUGGUCAGACGUGUUCCAUGAAGCGAGCAAAAAGUUUGGCAAGUCGUUCUAUGAGGUUUGGAACCUGUCGACAUACCUGCGAAACCAAGGGUUCCAGAAUGUGGAAGAGAGAGUUUAUAAAGUCCCGGUGAAUGGGUGGCCUGCGGAUGCUCAUAUGAAGGAACUCGGGAGGUGGAACUUGUUGCACAUAACGCAAGGGGCGGAAGGCUGGGGUCUUUUCCUACUGACCAAUGUGAUGGGAUGGAGUAUCGAAGAGGCGCAGGUGUUCAUCGCAAAGUUCAAGAACGGCGUGAAGGAAAGAAAAGUGCAUGCGUACUUUGAGGUAGUGGUGAUGCAUGGCCAGAAGCCAUGGGCAUGA